GCUUCACGGGCCGAACAUGUUUCAUUGUACCGACAGUUCAAAAGUGUCGUGCGAUUGUUGUUGCUAGCUAGGGGUAGGCGAAUGAACCAGAAGUACGGAUAUAUGUUUAAAAAAAGACUUCUGCGCGGAAACGGUAAAGCCGACUGGAGUGCUGCGUUUCACCCGUGGCUGUCUUGGCACCACAGCAAAGUCGACGCAGGUAUUUGGAUUAGCUAGCUGUUAGCCAGCGUGACUGUAUGUGCUCGCUGUAGAUGUCCCGGCCGAUAGCGAAACGCGUCCUAGCUGUUCAGGAGAACCUGCUCGUCAUUGUCGCAUAGGUCCUUUGCAAAUAACAUAAACUUCUAAAAGUUAGCUAUUUUUAAAUGGUCUUUUAAAAUUUCCUGGCAGUGCGGCGUUUGCAGACGACUUUACGCGGGACAUCCCACUUGAUUUGCGGUAACCCGUGAUCUGGAAUCUUUAAUAUAAAUUUUCCAUAAAAUACGCAGUCCGGCACUCAUUUCUGGUAGUUGCUGGCUACUUUGCCGGUAGUUGUGCGCAUACCGGCUCACAAAACGGGGAACUGCGGCCACGGGUGACGGCGAUCCAUAGGAGUCCCGAAAACAUCCGCCAUGAACGGCUUCAGCACGGAGGAGGACAGCCACGACGGACCCCCGGCGCCGCCGUUUUACGGCCAGAGCUGCUGUCUAAUCGAGGAUGGUGAACGCUGCGGUCGGGCCGCUGGAAACGCCUCCUUCAGCAAGCGCAUCCAGAAGAGCAUUUCACAGAAGAAGCUCAAACUGGAUAUUGACAAGAGCGUCAGGCACCUGUACAUCUGCGACUUCCAUAAGAACUUCAUCCAGAGCGUUCGUAACAAGCGGAAGAGGAAGACGAGCGACGACGGCGGAGAAUCCCCAGACCACGACGUAGAAGUGCCGGAGGUCGACCUGUUUCAGCUUCAGGUGAACACGCUGCGGCGCUAUAAGCGACACUACAAGCUGCAGACGAGGCCGGGCCUGAACAAGGCACAGCUGGCUGAGACGGUCAGCCGUCACUUCCGCAACAUCCCCGUGAACGAGAAGGAGACCCUGACCUACUUCAUCUACAUGGUGAAGAGCAACAAGAGUCGACUGGACCAGAAGUCAGACGGCGGCAAGCAGCUAGAGUGAUGGGCGCGCACUCCGUGGCGGAUCAUAAUAAAAACGGACAUGCGAGUCUGAGCCAUCCAGACGCGAGGAGCGAGCGCACGCACGCGGUGGGGUAAAACUGUGUUGUGAAUAUACUGUACAAAAAAGAGUACACUUCUGGAGGAGAGUAUUGUAGGUAUUUCUGCCUUACAUUUUUUUUCUUUUCAUUUUUGUUCGACGUACAGCGUGAAAAAUCGAGCUUGUGCGCGCCAGCACGGUAGUAAAACGCUUCGGAAACGUGAGACCACGAUUUGGCUCCAGGCAAGGAACUUGGGAUCGAAUUUCCUGUUAGCUGUGUUUGUAGUUUAACAGGGAUCUCUGUCGUGAAACUGGACGCUGUUGGUGGCCGCUGUGCCUAGACUGGAUAUUUCAUGGUCACGUGUCUCAUCUGCCCAAUCAGCUUCCACAAAGUUACGUUUUUGUUUAUUUUCAGUACUUGUCAUUUUUCUCUGACUAGGAUGUACUUAAGCAUAGAGAGUAAAUAUAAGUACUUUAUAAAACGUGCGUUAUUUUAGUUUAUCUGUGUCCAUGUCCACUUGAUUUCCGUUUAGUGUUGCUGUGAAAAAUCACUUUUUACUGUAUCUGAUUUGCCGUUCCAUGAGCCGUAUGUAAGUUCAUUGUCAAUGUUGUCUCAUCGCUUCGGUCAUGGUCUUGCAUACGAUCGUAUAGGCCUACACACCCUUCAGUUUUCCGGACCGAACAUCCAUGUCAGGAUUCCGGUAUUGCAGCUUUUCACUGUUAUUUAUUUACGAUUUUUCUAACCUACUGGCAAAUGGACAUCUUAAGAUCAGUUCCUUCUGCACCACCAAUCUCCAACCUUCUUUUUGCUAGAGACUUAAAAUGACAGAAUCAGUUUGAAAGCGCUUAACAUUUCGCAGAAUAUCGCGGCAGUCAGUCAGCAGGUAUAUUGCACUGGAUCAAAAUUGGCAUUUUACUGCAACACGGUGCUGGUUAUCUUCGUUACCCCCAGGUUACAUGCUGGGACGCAUUGCCUAGCAACAUAACCUGGAUGUUACUAGCUGUGAAAUGUGUUGCUGAUAAUCGCAAGGAACCAAAUUAGGAGCCAAUGUGACGUCACUGAUGUUUUAUUUAACGACUGUUCGUCUCGUUAUCUUGCUUUCGACGUCAUCUCUCUCUGAAGGCCUUUGAGAUCUCUCGGCUUGAACUCGCAAGCAAAAAAAAAUGUUCUGAAUUACACUGCAAUCUGCGUUUUUAAGCAAUUUCAUUAUAAACUCUGGCAUAGAAUCAGGUUUUUCCUCUAUACCAUAUGCCUUCCACUCAUCUGGUUCUGGUAUAAAAUUGGACUUCACAUAAACUAGAUUUUUAAAAUCAACAGCUUUAUUUCAAUCCAGAAACUUAAUUCACUUGAAAUGUAAGAAGCCUUAUUUGCUGAAUACUAUGUCUGUAUAUGUUUUGUGUAUGUGUGUUUUUUUUUUUUUUUUCUUUUUCAAAUGAGAUAUGAACUAUAGUAGACUAGUGCAAUACUCAUUUUUAAAUAUUUGUAAGUACAACAGUUUUCUUAUGUUUUUGCUUUGACAUAGUUAAUGUUUUAGGUUAAACAUGCAUAUAUUCUUGUGGCUUAUUUAAUAAAAGCGCCGUCACAGACAACGGAGUUGAGACUUUU